AUGUAUAGGCCUGGUGACAUUAGUGCCUUGAAAGAGUCAUCAGAGCCAAAUCCCGGGCCAAACGCUCCAUUAAACCUAGAAAGCGACGAAAUUUGGCAUCCUUCAGAAGUAACAACAACUUCAACUGAACUUUUAGACCCCAGACAAGUGCCGGAAUAUGAAAUGAAGUUCAAACAAGCUGUCACUACUGAAGAUGUUUUUCUGGGGAUGGGUUUCAAAACUCCAGGAUCAGCCUCUUGUGAAUGGAUAACACUUUCGAUAAAACUACCGAGCGAGUCGAUGAAAAAUAUUGAACUUACUGUCGAAUCAGAUUUAAUAGACGUACGGAGCCCUAAGUACCGAUUGUAUUUGCCGACUCCUCACUCUAUUGAUCCGAACAAUUCGUCAGCCAAGUGGCUCAAUAACAAGGAUACACUUGAGCUUACUUUGAAGCUUGUCCGUGAAUUGGACGGAAUUAAUUUUUAA